UCUUGGCAGGAUGUGUUCACCUCAUCUGCAAAACUAUAGUAACAACAUGCCUUGGGGAUCCUUUGCUCUUCUCAAACUCUAAUCGCUUUUCCUAUCUUCCGUUAGUUACGAGUAGCUUUGAUAUCAGACUUUUUGUCUACAAAGUAAAUUUACGCGGGAAAAGUGGAACGUAGAAUUAUGGCGCUAAAAAAGCGAGAUUUCCAGAAGAUUGCUCAGCACAUUCAAGAGUUUUUAAACAAGUUGAUAUGCGACGAAUACUCGGCGGAUUUGCGAGAUGCACUAAAUCUGGCUCUACUCUAUAUGCAACGAUAUUACAAAACAUUGCGGAGUCGGAGCUAUUCGAACACUAUCUCUCCGAGAAGCUCCGAUCAUCGGUCGUUAAGUGGAACUUUGCUUUUUACUAGUAGCUCUGGAGCAAUCAGCCCUGUGUCUCCAGCUUGUGGCGUACCAAACCAGUUUGAGUGGAAAUGGGUUAAUCUCGAGUCUCCAAAAUUGUCUGUAAGUUUGGGAACAAGUGAGUUUUCUUCGCUGUCACCUUUUUUACACGCGGUCAAAACAGGUGAUGUUCAAGUGACGAAAGAAAUGCUCGAACAAGAUCCACAUGCUGUGAAUUCAGUUGAUGGACUUGGUAGAAAUGGAGUGAUGUAUGCURUCUAUGGCAACACUGAAAAACAUACUGAAUGUCUUGAAUUGAUUGUCAGACAAACAGAAUGCCUUCUUGAUCAUCAGGCAAAUGAUGAAUCUACUGCUCUCCAUGUAGCUGCACACAAGAGUAAUAGACCAGCAUUAAGUCUUUUACUGCAAAAUAAGGCUUCAUGUAACAUUGUUGAUAAUGAAGGGCGAACAGCUCUUCACUGGGCUGCAGCAAAUCCAUCAGUUGAUAAUCUAAAGCAAUUAUUGCAACAUGGUGCUUCCAUAACAGCCAAUGAUUGYGAAGGACUCACACCUGCAAUGUGGGCAUGCCACUUUGAACAACUGCAAAAUCUAUUGCUGCUAAAGUCGGCUCUUGCACGAACAGAUCCACGUGAAGAAGCACUUUAUGAAGAAACAGAUUUAAAAGGGARAACUGUCGUUCACUGGGCAGUUAAUAAAACAGGAUCUAUUGACUGCUUAAAGGAACUCCUUACAGGAAGCUCAGGCCUCUUGUGUGACAGAGAGAAAAAGAAUGUCUUGCAUACUGCUGCAGAGCAAGGUACCAUGGCUGCCUGUCAACUAGUCCUGGAUGUGUGUGGUAGUGAUUGCCUAUUCAUGACAGAUAACAAAGGCAGAACACCUCUUCAUUUAGCAGCUCUUUGUGGGCAUGGUGAAAUUGUCAACUUUCUCCUUGAACAAGGYGCAAAUCUCUCCAUACCUGACAACAAUGGACUUACUGCUGUGGAUAUCAUCAAAAGAAAACACCUUUACUAUUGCAUGAUGGUUCUUGGUUUAAAUCCACAGUAUCAGAGUCUGUGUUCAUCUGACAAAGAUAUGUCUGCCAUUAUUAUACCUUGUUUAGAUGCUGAUAAAGAUCCACGAAAUAAAAAAUUGUCUCCUUCUGCUCCUCCAUCAAAUGAAGUACACCAUGAAACCAGUCAAAAUUCUUCUAACAGGAGAAAAUCAGAACCUGUUCCACCAAAGCCUCUUCCAAGAAGCAACCGGAAAAAAUCUGCACCAGUAAUGCAAAACAAUAACAAAAAUAUGGACAAUGUGCAGGAACAAUAUGCUCAUAAAGAUUCCCUUACUAAUWAUAGUCAAAAAAGUAUUGAUUAUAACACUUCAGAGGAAAGAGAAAGGCAUGGUACUGGUCGACGACAAAGUCUUUUAAUGAGGCAAGGGGGAAUCCAAGAAGAAUUGAUGCAUGGGGUUUCUGGGACCACUGGGACCACCUUGGAGAUAGGUACUGAGUUAGUUAUGCUUGGAGACAUGGAUGACCUUCAGACUCAUGUUGGUGAUCUAGAUGAUGGUGAUUUAGAGAUUGAUUGUGGAAGYGAUCAUGAUGAUGAGGAGAACUUUGCGUUUUCUGGUCACCAGUUAGCAGAAGAGCGCGGCAGCCCAUCAAGUGURCAUAGUGAACCGGACCAUGCAGAUAAUUGCAGUGUCAGCGUUGAAAUAAGUGUUUCAAGUUUAGGAAGUGAUAAUGAUGAAAUUGUGCAUUGUGAUGGCAAUGGACARGAAGUAAAUAAUUUUAUCCAGUCAAGUUCGCAUAGUAGUCAACAUCCAGCAAUACAACAGCCACCACCAAGUGGGAAAACAUCUUUUGCUCCACAUCCACCUCAAGAUCAACCUCAUUCUCAUUUAUCUGAAAAUCAUAGCCAUUCAUCUCUGAUCAAAUCACAGUCAUCAUCACAAGUAAACACUCAUCCAUUACAAAUGAAUUCAUCCCAAUCAAAUUCUUAUUCAACUCAMGUUCAUCCAGCAUCAACACAACAAACUAAUGUCAUUUCUGGUGAUUCAACAUUGCAUAAAGAAAAGAAGAAAAAGAAAAACAAUAAAAAGAAACUUUCUUCUGAUACAGAGCCUCCUUACCCAAUAGGCUCCUUGAGAGGUGUAAUUGCCCCCCUUGAUCCCCCAGACAUACGUGGUUCRUCUAAACUUGGAGGUGCAGUUGAAAUAAUGACCCCAAGGCCAGGCCCAUGGGAGCAUGCAAGUUUAGGGAUUUUGAGGAGAGGCUCUCCUGAAUCACCUCGACCUGGUCAUCAUCAGACACCAGAUGAAGUAGAAGCUGAGGUUUUCGAUGGAAGAGGUAACAGACCAUGGACUCCAGAACCACCUCCGAGUCCUAGAAAUGUCAGCAAUAAACAUCACUCAUYACCACUGGUCGCUGGAGACAUGUUUAACUCUCCUGCCUCAGGCRCAAUGGCUCARAGUCAGGCAUUAUUGCGCAAUACUGAUAUGAUGAGAGGACCUCAAAGUGGAAAACUUGACACAAGAACAAGUUCUAACAUGGCUCCACUUUCAAGAUCAAAAAGUCCUCAACAUACAUUUAGUCUUCAUGGMCCAAUACCUCAUCCUCCACAAAARCAUUGAUGGGCUUKCACAUUUUAUAAAGACAWYGYAAUAUGCUUGCUCAAACUCAGUUAUUAUAUUAAUAAUUUGUAAUUAAAUACGUAUUGUUGCAAGUGUAUGGAAAUUGAUGGUUCUGUAUAGAGAACUUUAACAUGCUCAUAUCCAAUUGAAGCUAAUUGAAAGAGCUCGAUUCUAAUUUAUUGAUGGUGUAUAACUAUUGGUGGUCAACUUUAAGAUAUUGUAAAAUAUUUUUGAAGUAUUAUUAAUUUGUAUUUAUAUAUYAAUAGGUCAUCAUGAGGCCCUGAGGGUCUUAAUACUGUACAGUUCUGAAUGUUUAACAAUAGCAUGUUUUUUUUAUUAUAACCACAUUAUAUUAUUCCAUCUUUCAGAAUAUUAUUUAUGUUCUGUACAUUUCUUUUUCUCAACCCUCAAAGAAAAUUUUUCCAACUUGUAAAAAACCCUACAAAGCCUGAACGUCAAGCAAAUAAAUAAAUUGCUGUGAUGA